AAGGAUCUUUUACAUCAGAUAGGAGUGGAAAAAACUGAGUACUUCAGGUCAACUCCACUGGUAAGACCAUCUCCUAUCUAACUUCAUAUGUUAGCUGACAAUAAACCUCCACAUUCUACACGGAGCAGGGAAGAGCCCUGCCUCGAGAGUGAGGGUGAACACAGCCAUGGAGGAACACACGUGCACAGACAUCCUCAUUCCGUGGCUCUCACCAUGACUGGUAACACCAGCAUACUUGUGUUAUCAGACCGCAGAGCUGGUAAAGCACCUGGAAGUCCGGUUUGUCAUCUCAGUCUGUUCCUUAGGUCCUAUCAGCAGGGCGGUGACGUGACUAAAUAUUUACUCUGAACUGAGAAAUACCAGUGCCUCGUUGUGCUUGCACUUGCAAACUAAACUCGUGAGGAUGAAUGGCAACUUAACGAGAGAUCUCCCCACGCAAGAGACGAGUUUUGGCCAAGUUCAUCAAUCUCGUGGCCGACGGGUCAUCUACUUCUCCAGUGGGGAGACCCUGGCGGAGAGUGACCGUGAGGAAGAGGAUGAUGAAGAUGGUACUCAUAAGGAGCCCUUCUCACAAUCUGUGGACACCGAAAACCUGUCUUGGGGAGAAUAUUCUCGGUUUCUAGGGACAAAAAUAGGGAAGAAGUCAUUACAAACCUGUGAAUAUCUUGGGGAGAAACUUGCUCGUCUCCUUGGACUACAUGCUGCCAAAUACCAAUAUGCCAUAGACCAAUUUCAUCGUGAUCAAAAGAGAAAAGACGUCCGGGAGGAAUCUUCAGGCGUCUUCAUGGAGGAUGACGCGGAGAUGUUUAAUCUUGCACAGAAAAAGAGCAGAACAUACGGAGCCACCAACCCUGAGCCUGGUAGUAGUAGGCCUACCUGUGUGGAGCACAAGGCAGGUCACAACCAGGGAUACCAGGAUGAUUGAUGAUCGACGAGCUCAUUUAGUUACAAAAUAUAUAAAAGUACAAACAGAAGUUUUAACAGGUAAUUUGUGUUUGUAGUUUUUAACCCUUGUUGUGACCCUUCCAUACAAUAGUCUACCUAUGAUCAUUUGAAAUAAACUUCACUCUCUCUGUA